CGGCGGCGGCGAGGACGGCGGCUACGGCAGCGGCCGAGGGGGCGGUGGCUACGAGGAGGGUGCGGAGCCGGCGGAAGAGGCGUCUGUGAGGGCGGUGAGGUCGCAGAGGAACAUCGUGGGGAUCAACGACUGUCAUCUCUUCUACAAGAUGAGUAACAGCCACCCUCUUCGCCCCUUUACUGCAGUGGGGGAAAUUGAUCACGUGCACAUUUUGUCUGAACAUAUUGGUGCCUUGUUGAUUGGGGAAGAAUAUGGCGACGUCACAUUUGUUGUGGAAAAGAAGCGUUUUCCUGCCCACAGGGUAAUUUUAGCAGCAAGGUGCCAAUAUUUUCGAGCAUUAUUAUAUGGUGGAAUGCGAGAAUCUCAGCCUGAAGCCGAAAUCCCUCUCCAAGACACCACUGCAGAAGCAUUCACGAUGCUACUUAAAUACAUCUACACUGGGCGGGCGACGCUGACCGAUGAGAAGGAGGAGGUGCUGCUGGACUUUUUGAGCCUGGCUCAUAAAUAUGGAUUUCCAGAGCUGGAAGAUUCUACCUCUGAGUACCUCUGCACCAUACUUAACAUUCAGAAUGUCUGUAUGACUUUUGAUGUUGCCAGUCUCUACUCACUUCCCAAGUUAACUUGCAUGUGCUGCAUGUUUAUGGACAGAAAUGCUCAGGAGGUGCUCUCAAGCGAAGGUUUCCUCUCCCUUUCUAAGACAGCACUUUUAAACAUCGUAUUAAGAGAUUCAUUUGCAGCUCCCGAAAAAGAUAUUUUCCUAGCCUUGUUAAACUGGUGUAAGCAUAAUUCAAAGGAGAACCAUGCUGAAAUCAUGCAGGCUGUGCGUUUGCCUCUGAUGAGCCUCACUGAACUUCUGAAUGUCGUGAGGCCUUCGGGACUGUUGUCUCCUGAUGCCAUUCUGGAUGCUAUUAAAGUUCGAUCAGAGAGCAGGGACAUGGAUCUCAAUUAUAGAGGCAUGCUCAUACCGGAAGAAAACAUUGCAACUAUGAAGUAUGGAGCCCAGGUGGUAAAGGGGGAACUGAAGUCUGCCUUAUUAGAUGGUGACACUCAAAAUUAUGAUUUGGAUCACGGAUUUUCUAGGCACCCGAUUGAUGAUGACUGCCGUUCUGGCAUCGAGAUUAAGCUAGGUCAGCCAUCCAUUAUCAAUCAUAUACGGAUACUCCUGUGGGACCGAGACAGCCGGUCUUAUUCAUACUUCAUUGAAGUGUCAAUGGAUGAACUUGAUUGGAUCAGAGUGAUUGAUCAUUCACAAUAUCUGUGUCGUUCUUGGCAAAAGUUGUAUUUUCCAGCCCGUGUCUGCAGGCAGAAGAUGCCCAGUUUACCUGAGCCACAUGGGUGGAGUCCUCACUGCUCAGGUGUCUUACUUUUCAUUUUGCACUGGUGUUUUACCCUUGGCUUCAGUGAGAACUUUCCUGGGAGGACCAGCAAGGCCUCUGUCAGGUAUAUUCGAAUAGUUGGGACUCACAACACAGUGAAUAAGAUUUUUCACAUUGUGGCUUUUGAGUGUAUGUUUACAAACAAAACCUUCACUCUGGAGAAGGGGCUAAUAGUUCCCAUGGAGAACGUUGCAACAAUUGCUGAUUGUGCCAGUGUGAUUGAAGGAGUCAGUCGGAGCCGAAAUGCCUUGCUGAAUGGGGACACCAAGAAUUAUGAUUGGGAUUCUGGCUAUACGUGUCAUCAGCUAGGAAGUGGAGCCAUUGUGGUUCAGCUGGCACAGCCAUACAUGAUUGGGUCAAUACGGUUAUUACUGUGGGACUGUGAUGAUCGGAGCUACAGCUACUAUGUUGAGGUUUCCACCAACCAGCAGCAGUGGACCAUGGUAGCCGACAGAACUAAAGUCGCCUGCAAGUCCUGGCAAUCAGUAACUUUUGAAAGACGGCCAGCCUCCUUCAUCCGAAUCGUUGGAACACACAACACAGCAAAUGAGGUAUUCCACUGCGUCCACUUUGAAUGCCCGGAGCAGCAGAGCAGCCAGAAGGAGGAAAACAGCGAGGAAUCGGGGACAGGGGACACCAGCCUGGCCACUCAGCAACUCGACCCCCACGCCCUGCAGGCCCCCAGCGGCAACUCACUGCCCUCCAGCCCAGGCUCCAACUCGCGCUCACCCAAUCGGCAGCACCAAUAAAGGAGGCCCACGUGUGGAGUGACUCGGGUGGGCCCAGAUGGCGCAGGAACCGUGUCCUCCCCAAGUAGGGAUCCCUGUGGACUACCCCCACCCCCCGCCCCCACCCCCGGGAGGAACAGGCCUGGCUGCACAAACGGACACAGAACAGGUUUCCUCCCAAGGACACAAAGGGGCUACUUUGUUCUCCUCAAUUUGUUCAAAUCAGGCUGGUCUCCAGGGGGAGAAAGUGGGUCUUCCAUCUUCAUCAAGUCCACCAUUAACACCCUACCUCUCUCAUCUAACCCCGCAAAGGGCACAGAAGGAAAUAAUAGACAGGCCCGAGUCGGAAUACAAAACGGCACAUGGACACAGGAGCGGAAGAGAAUACAUUAGGCCUUCAUUACCUGGGGGCACCGUUAGGAAAUGGGUUUCCAUAGAGUGUUUACUUUUACGGAGCACAUUGUCCUGGCAACUAAACGAUUUUUAUUUCUUUUAGUUAUUCUCCAUUUGCUGAAUCAUAGGUGUUCCAGAUCUUUUUGAAAGGCUCAAACAGCAAAUCACUUGUUUUAAUCCCUUUUGGCGCUGUAAUUUUCCUUCCUUAGUUCUGGACGUUUGAGCGCAAGGUAGAGCCAAGAACGAUCGCAUGUCUCCUAAACGAGGCACAGAUGCAGCCCAUCAUGGCACCUGGUCUGACAGGGAAAAUCCUUUGAGGAAGUUCAACAAAAUACACAAUGAGCAGAUCAAUCUGUGGACACGGGAGUUAAUAAUCACUCGAGUCGCCAGGUUAUUAACCUGUCAUUCCUGAAAUGUAUCCAGCCUUUAAGCUUGGGAGGCUGGCUGGGCAAUAGUGAUUAUGCCACAGCUAAUUUAAUGUUCAGAAGUUUAGAUAAAUGUUUACCAGCUUCC